UGGCACCGAGCGCAUACUCAGACUGGGCAGAAUCCCGCCCUACGAACAUUUCUAUUCCGACUCGCCCGACUCGCCCAGUAUCCACUGCAACUUAUCUUCUGCUAUGAUGGUAAUCAGCGGCCUGGUGUCAAGCGAGGACAUACAGUGUCUUUGAAUGAACACUGGAUGGUGAAGCCAACGCAGCGCAUCUUGGAUGCUUUCAACACUGAGUGGAUUGUGGCUGCGGGGGAAGCUGAGGCGCAGCUGGCCUUGAUGAACAGGGCUGGUAUCAUCGACACUGUCAUGACAGAUGACAGUGAUAUCUUUGUAUUUGGUGCCCAAACUGUCCUUCGAAAGUCAGUGUUCUUCUUCCACGUCCAUGUCCUCCUGACCCUGUCCUCCUGCCUUAGCUCGACAUUUUUGUCCGACACCAUCAAGAUUUAUACUGUCAGCACCAUCCAGGAACACGUCGACCAUUCUCUUACUGGUGAUGCUUUUGUUACCAUUGCUAUUUGCUGUGGGGGUGAUUAUGAUAAGAAUGGUCUUCCAGGGUGCGGACGCGAGACUGCACUUGGUCUGGUCCGCUGCAUGGACAAUAAUAUGCUACGCAGUGCCAUGCACAGUGGUAACCAGGACUUGUCCCUCCAACAGUGGCGGAACAUUGCUGAAUAUCACCUUGCAAGCGAUCCAACUGGCAAAAUGGGCCGAUCACAUCCAGCCCUCGCUCGCUCACUUUCUGAUUCCUUCCCUAAUCCAGGAAUCAUCAAUUUGUAUGCACAUCCUGCUGUGACUCCGCUCACUGAGCUGCCCAAACUGCGACCUCCAACCCCACCUAACCUCGCUCGGCUUGCAGCUCUUAUUCAGCAGCUCCUGGGCUGGGACUCAAAGAAGCUUCUCAGCACUUUCCGCACUACUGUCUGGCCUGUUGUCAUCUUGCAUGAGCUUCUGGAGGACCUUGCCAAUAACUCACCUAUGAGCAAUGAGGUCUGUGGACCGUGUCACUCUAUCUGA